UGUCGGCGUGGUCCAGAAGGCUCAGCGGGGCUGUACAAGGCCAGUUGCUAGGCAAGGGGUGCUUCGGUCAGCUGCCACCUGGGCCACUGCCAAAGGAAGUGGGUACCCCAUUCGGAAAGUGGUUAUAGUACCUCCCCAUUCCUUCGCGCAGCAAAAUCUCUUACGCUAAUUUGCUUUUUGCAGGGGCGAGAGAAGGAAGAGUAGUGGGGUAGGAAUGCACCUCCUUUGGGUCUCUCACAACCUCUUCCCAAAUCUCCCCAACAAACAGUACCUGAUACGGAAAUCUCCACCGAGGGUAAUCGCAACCACGGGACGGGUCAGAGGUGACAGGCUUCAGGGACCACACCUCUGUCCAUGCCCAGACCUUCCACAGCUGAAACCAGGAGAGAGAUGAGCGCUGCCCCAGCCCUAAUAGGGCAUUAAGGUGUAAGGGGAGAUUGGUUCAGUUUCCUUCUCCUGACUUUUCCUACCUUCCAGCCCUCAGAUUCAUUGCUACCUCGAGACCCUCACCAUGCCUCACAUCGACAACGAUUUGAAACUGGACUUCAAGGAUGUCCUACUGAGGCCCAAGCGCAGCACCCUUAAGUCUCGAAGUGAGGUGGAUCUCACAAGAUCCUUUUCAUUUCGGAACUCAAAGCAGAUGUACACAGGAAUCCCCAUCAUUGCCGCCAAUAUGGAUACUGUGGGCACCUUUGAGAUGGCCAAAGUUCUUUGUAAGUUCUCCCUCUUCACUGCUGUCCAUAAGCACUACAGCCUCGAGCAGUGGAAAGAGUUUGCAACUCAGAAUCCUGACUGUCUUGAGCAUCUGGCUGCCAGCUCAGGCACAGGCUCUUCUGACUUUGAGCAGCUAGAACAGAUCCUAGAGGCUAUCCCUCAGGUGAACUAUAUCUGCCUGGACGUGGCAAAUGGCUACUCAGAACACUUUGUUGAAUUUGUAAAGGACGUGCGGAAGCGCUUCCCCCAACACACCAUCAUGGCCGGGAAUGUGGUAACAGGAGAGAUGGUGGAAGAGCUGAUCCUCUCUGGGGCUGACGUCAUCAAAGUAGGCAUUGGGCCAGGCUCUGUGUGUACCACAAGGAAGAAAACUGGAGUGGGGUAUCCGCAGCUUAGUGCAGUAAUGGAGUGUGCAGAUGCUGCUCAUGGCCUCAAAGGCCACAUCAUUUCAGAUGGAGGCUGCAGCUGUCCUGGGGAUGUGGCCAAGGCUUUUGGGGCUGGGGCUGACUUUGUGAUGCUUGGUGGCAUGCUGGCUGGACACACUGAGUCAGGUGGAGAAUUCAUCGAGAGGGAUGGCAACAAGUACAAGCUCUUCUAUGGCAUGAGUUCUGAAAUGGCCAUGAAGAAGUAUGCAGGGGGUGUGGCUGAGUACAGGGCCUCAGAGGGAAAGACAGUGGAGGUACCCUUUAAAGGGGAUGUGGAACAUACCAUCCGAGACAUCCUUGGAGGGAUCCGUUCUACAUGUACCUAUGUGGGAGCAGCUAAACUGAGAGAGUUGAGCCGGAGAACUACCUUCAUCCGCGUCACCCAGCAGGUGAAUCCAAUCUUCAGUGCUGAGAGCUAGACCCAAGGAGUUCUACCCUCCCAAGGCACCGGCACCCCACCACGGGGCCUUCCAAGUGGGCCUCUUGCCAGUUCCGGCUACUAUGGCUAUCUACUACUAGUCGUUUCCUGUUGUCUCACUCCUGAGGGCUCCUGCAGUAACUCUGCACUACUCGAUCUACACACAAAAUACCAAGAGGCUCACUGGGGAGGGAGCAAGGAAGACAGUCUGAGAAAAUAAAGUAAAAUAAUCAACUGGGAAUCUGGGGACCUAACAUCCUGAAGAUUAUUAGAAGGAAAAGAGGCUGAUUCAUAACAGUGUUUUAUAUGACCUUGGUCUGGAAGAGGCAGGAUAUUUAGAAUCAUGUUUUGUUAAUCAGCUUCAUUAAACGAGACCUUUGACUAUCUAAAAUUUAAAGUUCAGAAGCUGUGUUUACAUAUUUGAAAUAGCCCAGUAAACAGAGAGCCCA